UACGGCAAGUCGUUCGGUUAGCUAUGUAUGCUAGUUAGCACUGACAAAUUUGACAACAUUUAUAUCCAUUACGGGCAUAGCUGUAUACUUAAUUGUCUUAAAAAUGUCAGUGUUUAGUCUCGUUGCUAAACGCACAUGCCGUGGCGUGUCGUGCCUGAAAAUCACUCGAUACUCUGUAACAAACGUGGAGAACUUCCACAGAAGAAACAGCUGCCUGCCGAGCCACAUCACAAAUGUAACGCGUCUGUUUAGCUCGCAGCCACAUAACUCCAAGGUACCAGAGGUUGCAACAUGGGAACCAGUACCAGAGGACCAACUUCCCCCGCCUGCCCAUAUUCCUACUGACCUGGUGGACCAGCUGGAGCGACUGGCCUUGGUUGAUUUCCGCACCAAACAGGGCCUGGCCUGUUUGGAGAAAGCUAUACGAUUUGCAGAUCAGCUUCAUGUUGUUGACACGUCUGGGGUUGAACCAAUGGAUUCGGUUCUGGAGGACAGGGCAUUAAACCUGAGAGACGAUGUAGUGAUGGAAGGGGACUGUGCUGAAAAACUGCUUCAGCUCUCCAAAAACACAGCUGAAGAAUAUUUUGUGGCACCACCAGGAAACAUUCCACUACCAAAGAGGGAGGAGAGGGCCGCCUUGCUAAAAUAUUCAGAGUUAUGAUAUUAUUAAUAUUUAUAACUCAUUUUUCAUUUGGGAAGUUGUUGUGUAAAGUAAAAACCUGCUGGUCAUGCAUUUAGAUGUUGUUUUUCAGUUUCCUUUGACUCCUGCUGUAUGGUUUAUGGUUAAAUCUUGUUUUGGUUUCAGUAUCAUUUUAUCAAAAUUGUGAGUGGCAACCUGUGUUGUAAGGGCAGUGCAAUGGUUGUCCAUUGUUUUGAUUUGUGAUUUACAUUAUGAUAAUAUUGAGCCCUCCUGGGGUCGACUGAGAAGAAAAAGAGCCAUGUGUAAACCUGUAAACUGUGCUCCUACAUUAUAUUUAUGCAUCCUGUUUUCAUUCUAGUGUUGUUAAACUUUAAUAAUAAAAACAUGUAAUAUUU